AUGGAGCGAGGGGAAGGCGCGUUAGGAGUGAGGAAUUGCCUGCUGGCCCGUCAGUUGUGUGCAGACGAUCUCUCCUGCAGAAGUGUUCUCGAGAUCAUCCCCCGAGUCUGUGGCCCUGAGAGUGUCGCGUGUUCGACAGUGACGGUGAACAAGUGCCUGGCGGCCCUCAGAACCAUCCAGGGAUUCCCGUACUUCCAGCCUACCUGCCUGUGUCGUGAGCCUCACCUGGACAGGGAGUGUAAUAUCUUCAGGGAGUUUAUCUUUGAUCACUUUUGUAUCUUCGUCGAGAAUAAAGAAGUGUCGCCCUAUGCAGUCCACGCCCUGCCGCUGUGUGAGUACGCCCUCAACGCCUGCGAGACACUGCCGGGCUGCAUCACCCUGUAUGAGGAGUUCAGAGAAGCCUGCCGUGAGCGGGAUGACCAGUGUAGGAUGGAAGAUGGUGACGUAUGUCUCAGCUCCUGGACCAAGCUCAAGAUGUCUCCUAUGUUUGGCUGUAUCUGCCCCAUGGACCGUCAGAAGAGGAAGCAGAGGAUUUUCCGCAGAGUUCACAACAAUCCCUGCGUGGUAACUUCAAAUUCUCUCUACUUCAAACUUCUGCCAAAAAGGGUUUUGGGUACUUUAGUAGACACUGUAAAUGGAUACGUUACCUGCCUCUGCACCACCUCCUUCCCCAGGCCAGGGCGGUGCGGGGGGUGUGUGGGAGCUCAUUCUCCCCCACCCUCCACGCGCGGCGCCCCACACUGCGCCCUCUGCCCCCACCACCGCCACACCCACUUACCCUGGGCAGUCACUCCCGUGCCCCCGCAUGCCACCCUCAUCACGGCAGAGCCCCUGCCCGCCUACUCGGCGCAAACGCACAAUGUCCUCACCGUAGACCGUCACACCACCCCACGGACCGGCGGUAACUCUCAUGGGUCAUUUGCAGUCAGCGUUAUACCCUACGAUAAUUCAUCCCUCUACGCCGUCGACACCCAAAUACAAAACCCCUUGAUGGAGGCCGGCCAGGGAGGAGGCCGUCGGCAGAACGCGUCCCGAGCAGCUAACGUCUUGGGUAGUGACCGACGCUACCCCACCGGCUUCCACACAAAAGCAGAAGGCAGCUCAUCUUCAGCAGUCAUGUCAACAGCAGCAGAAGUAGCAGUAGCGACAGCAGGAGUGGCAGGAGGAGGAGGAGGUGGUGUUGCUUCAGGACCCAGCAGGGCAGGUCACACGGCGUCACCAUCUGACCCAGUCCCGGUGCUACACUCCACCUGCCAGACGGCGCUCACUGGCUGUACCACGGAGCCCACCUGCAGAAGGCUACUCGACCCCGUGUUGGCCAUGUGUGACAACGAUUGCAACAGGGAGGCGUGUAUGAGCAACUUGCAAACCUUCUACAGGAAUGUCGAGUCUAAGUGGGCGCUGGAGGUGGCCUUCUGUCUCUGCAAGAAGAGCAGCAAAACAGCCAACGAAUGCUUGACGGCGCAGGAAAAGCUCCACCCUUCUUGUGCCAGGAAGCCCGCUGGUCCGGUACCUAUGUUGUGUAACAGACUGGCCGCCGCCUGUAAGGAGGACAACGGCUGUAGACACCGCCUCGAGUUCUACGAGCAGGCGUGCGCAGUAGACAGUGACACGCGGCGCUGCGCAGGCUCUACCGCUGAGUGUCGCCGCGCAGUACUGGGCAUCCUGGGCACACAGCUGCGCAACCUGUGCACCUGCGCCACCUCCGACCCCCGGGAGGCUUACGUCUGCAUGGACUGGCAGCGUAUCUUGUGGUUCAACCCUUGUGUAGUUGAAUCACAGACGGAUUACCACCGGGAAAUGUUGGCAGCACUUAACCCCGGUGAGGAGAUGACAACCUCUUCGAGUAUAGUGUUUACUCCCAGCGUGACGACGGGUAUUGUCAGCGAACCUGUCCAGAAGUGGCCCCCGGUCAUCUACCCCACAGCCACCACCUCCAGUUCUUACUUCCCUGGCCCAACACAUCCUAAAUGGAACGUCGGCGUAUCGCCCCCAACCAUGGCGCCCACUACGACAACCACUACCACCCUCCCUACCACCACCCUGCCGCCGAAGUACUGUGAGAAGCGGCACACCAACGUCGACCCCAGCCACCCCAGUGCCUCCACCGUCGACUUCAUAGAGGAGGGGUCAGGAAAGCGCUUCUACAAGGACCAGGAGUGUUCUGAGCUGUGCCUCUGUCAUGCUGAAGAGAAGCUGGCAUGUAGUGUCCUCGAGUGUGUAGAGGCCAGACCCUGCGAGACCGGAUAUGCUGUGUACACACACUCGGCUCCCGCUUACCAGGCCUCCCGCGGGGAGUGUUUCUGUUACUCUGGCUCCUUCAUCUGUGUCAGGCCUCCACAGAACAGCUACAAUACGAACUUAACGAAGGAGGGGAUAUUCUUAUUCAUCGGGUACAGCAAGGCAGAGGAACUGCUGCUGCGGCCCUACACCAAGAGCUCCCUCGUCAACGAUGCCAUGAACAAGCUUGGGGACAUGGUGCGGGAGUCCUCACUCGAGCUGAACGGGCGUGACCGACGAGUAAGUAGCCCGGACGCCCCACGGCCCAAGACCGAGUGUCGGCUGGAGGUAGUGACCCAUGUAGAUGAAAACAUCAUCCUGCAGGCGACUCUAGAGGAGUUCGAAGACAGCCGGGACAACAUGACGGUCGCCAUGCACAACGAAGAGAAGGAGGCAUGUGAGAGGGUGGUGACGGAGGUGGGCCGGAAGAUCAACAACCACGCCAAGGAGGUGCGGGAAGACAUGGCACUGUCGGUGCUUAUUCUGGCUGAGGUUCAGGCACACAUACCACAAAUGCCCGACUCUGCCACCCUGGCUCGGUCGACGCCGCUGCUACUCCCGCUGUUGCUCGCCGCCCUCUCCUCACUACAACACUUACUGCUGGCCUCAUGAUACACGUGGCUGCCUAUGCUUGCAGUUAUUAGAGUUGCCUAGGUAGCGUUUUGUUACUGAGUUAUGCAUGCGUGACGUGCAUGCCGAGCCCAGUUGCCCUGGGAGUGGGCGGUGCACGUGGUUCACGUGGCCAGUAGCUUCCAAGGACCCAUCACCCUUUAUACCAUUUUUGUACUGCACCGUGACGCCUCAAAGGCUGCGCUAUGCGCAGCUGCCCCCGUGCACAUCCCGCCAUGUCCCCUGGCAGGCCGGCAGCUGGCAGGCUCUGGGUGCGGGGGCUGUGUCCUGCUCGACACUACCACAACUCUUUUUGUAACCUGGUUUAUUUGUGAACUCUGUAUGAUGGCAUUUUUGGAAGCCUAAUUUUAGUGAAGUGUUAAGAAGAAAAGUGUUGGUAGAGGGAGCGGUAGAUGCGGGAGGAGUGUUGGUGGCCUGCUCACUGCCUUACUGUACCAUUCCCCGAGCCCCGGAGAGCCUGAGGAUCCCUCCUCUGCUGCCCUCCACGGGUUCUUGUCCGUGGUGGGUCGUUGGUGUUGCUGGUUUCUCUCCCACUUGUCCUACACCGCCGGUCACCAGCUUGCAGGGGAACCACACAACUCUUUCUGCUGCAUUCACAUCUAAAGUUAAAAUAUCACGGCUGCCUUACAGAAAGCUUUGAAGUUUAUAGAUGGAAGGGAAGAUAUUUCGGAUUUUCAUUUUAUACAAUUUCUUAUGAUCAUAGAUUACAAAGAAAAAAUCUAGAGCUCAAAGGUUGUGUACUUUCCUCCGAAGUUGGUCAUUACCGUCCACCUUUAUAGACUGGGAGCUGUUGAGUCUUUAACUAAUCCUCUGACUGAUACUAACUUUCCUACACUCAAGGUAGAGACAGGUAAAACUAAUGGAUUUUCUGCCUACCAACUAGACAGAAACAUCAUUUAGAUCUGUCUCACUACUGUACCUCUUAGAGAGAUUGAGGGAUGAGAGUAGUUAACUAGACUGUUGUUAUAGAUUAUACUCUUGCUGCCACGCGAUUCCUCCCACACGAGCCACACGCACCUCCACUUCCCGUAUUUCAAGAAGCUACAGACACAGUGCUAAUUGAUCCAUCACCAAGCAGUACACUCUGUCGGAGAACUCCAGAGAUAAUGGGCGGAGGCUCUGACGAGGUAGAUCAUUUGACGGCAAGUGUAAAUUCUUAUAAUUAUCUUAACAAUGCAAAAAACUCGACUAAGACCAACAACUCUACCACUCAGAUGCCUUACUGUGCAUCACUUCAGGUUUUAUGUUAUCUCUUGUAUGUCAGAUACAAACAAGAGCAUUGUAGUUGGGUUUUGGAAUUGUUGCUUUUAUAUUCAUUGAUAUUGUAAGUUAAUGGAUUAUCAUAUUAUUUUCUCAUAUCAUUUAAUCACAGAAGACAACCAGUGUACACAAGUAGAAUAUGAUAGACCCUCUGCUCAAGACACCUCUCUCGUUAACUUUUGAAAACCUUGAUCACUGCGGCUGCACAAUGAUGCAGGUUUUGGUAAUGCUGGAUUUUUUUUUUAUAAUUCAAGAUUUUUGUAUGAUGGGAUAUAAGAUAUUAGCUUUUGGCCAGAUGUUACUUGGAUAUAAAUCACAUCAACAGUAUAAUCAGAGUGUUUAAGAAUUUUAUCAUGGUUGAGUCUGAAUCACCUUUAAGUGUUGACAUGUCUCUCCACCAACCCCCCCCCCCAAAAAAAAAACCAUUUAAGGAGUAUCUCUUGUGGGAAAUAGUGUCAGUUUCUCAAUGUGGUCAGUUAUUGUAACCCAAUAGUAAAAGUAUAAAUUCAGCAUCUCUAUUUGAGCUAAAAUUCUAAUAUCUGGUAAAACUUUUACCUCCACAUCUUUGAGUUAUAUUUCAGUCUCCAUAACCAUUAGCAUACCGGAUAACUAGACUUGACCUGACCUCAUGUGCUGAAGUGCAUAAGUUACCACCAGGCAGCUCUAUAAAAUUUUUGGAUCAUUUAUAGAUGCACAGUGGUCUCUUUAAGUGUACAGUACUAGAUUCCUACACCUAUUCUGUACAUUGUUUUAUAAUUGAUCUUGACCAUAAGAGCGACGUGAGAUAAUGCUUCUCUCAUUACACUUUACAUAACUAUUAGUGAGAAGUACGUGGAGGGUGACUUGUGUAGAGGGUGCAUCUUCCUUUAGCGUAAGUUUGUUUAUUUGUUGUCGUUUCCUGUAUUCUCCGGCAAUACACAUUUUAUCGUGGAGAUCCAUAGCAACAUAAUAGUUCAUGGUCUCUGUUAUGUAUUUGUUACCCGCUGUUUCACUAUGAUUUUGACUGACAUCUUAGGAGUGUACAUUAUCUCAGGUUCUGGAAAAUAGUCGAACAAAAAAUGAAAGCUCUUGCCGUGAUAAACGUGUGACAUGUGGUCCUGGCUCUUCACUAAUUGGAUGGAAGAUUUUAAAUUUCAUCUUUUGUACCCUGGAAGCCAUAAAAAAUAGUCAAGAAUGUGUCAUAGAAGCACUCCACAUGAUCUGUACAGUGUAAAUAACAUAAGGUGAGUAAUUAGUUAUAUAAUGUUUCCUAAGGGUCAAGGGCAAAUAUAAUGAAAAUAAGAAGGUGUUCACCUUCCAUUCAUUUUCUGUGAGUAAUAAUCCUAAGUCAAGCAAGAUGUUGUUGAAGCAGCACAAAAAUUUAUUAAAGAGAGAAUAAUAACAGAUUAGCAUUUUGUAUAUAUUAUAAAUAUUGUUAUGUACAUGGUAAUGUACAAGUUCAGGUUGAAUUGUUGUCUAAGGUUUAUCAGCUAUGUACUUCUACUCUCAAGAGCAGUCUCACUCCAUUAGCCUAACACUCUCACUUGAUGGAAAAAUAUGUACCUCUCACACUGUUCAUCUGAUGUCUGCAAUGUUAUAGUCUUAAUAUUCAAGUGAACAUUGCUCAGAUGAAUGGCUGCUGCCUGUUCCUAGCACACAAAGCUUCCUGUCACUUCAGGAUGUGCACCUUUUACUGUCUAGUACUUCCUCUCUCUCUCUCUCUCUGUGUCUCUCUCUCUCUCUCUCUCUCUCUCUCUCUCUCUCUCUCUCUCUCUUUCCCUGCCUUAUUGACCUAUACUGUAUCUCAACUUCAUAUAUAUUACCUUCUGGUGUAAUUAACCUCAACAUUAUACGUUUUCUUUGGACUACAUAUAUUUCUCUCCUGUAAAGAGUUCCUUCCAGUUGGCUGUUUUGUUUAAUGGUGGGCUAUAUGAUUGUUUCUUGUGUCCCAGACUGGAAGGUUGCAUGUUUGUUUCGUAUUUAAUGUUACAAUACAAUCGUGCUUAGAAGAAAGAGAAAUAACUACCAUUCUAUCAUAUGUGUAUUUGUACAAUCAUAUUUCAUUAUUGGUUAUUUUUGUUGACUAUUUCAGCCCCUUUCUUCAACACAGCAUAUUGUUUUAUCUUAUAUUCAUUCGAGUCUAUUUGUAAUCAGUAUUUGUAUUCCUCAACCAUUGUAAAUGGUGUGAAUUUUAUUAUUUUUUAUUUUUUGUUAUGCUGUUACAACUAAUGGACCAUAUUUCAUGGUUUAACUAUGAUUUUGAUAAGCAUGUGCUGCUUGUGGACACAACUGGAUACCACCUGAUGUGUGUUAAUGUGUUAGCAGAAGGAUGUGGAUUAUAUUUUGACAAGAUGAUCAAGCUGCACUUGGUGGUGUAGCGGUAACGUAUGUAUCUCUCACUACUAUGUCAUUGGUUCAAGUCCUGGCCCGGACACACAUGGGAAGGGUGUUAUCCAUUGUGACCCUACCAAAUGUCGCAGGUUUCCUCCAAGUAGUACUCCGGUUUCCUCCUGUACUAACGUUAGCUGGACAAAUAAGGUUAGUAACAAAGUAAACCUGGUAAGCUGAAAAGUGGUGAAAUGAUAAAUGAUGCGAGAUAGAUGAUAGGUCAGAGAUAAUUGGACAGAUGAACAGGUGGCGUCCGGAUGUGUCUUAAAGUGGCACAGGUGCACCGUACCGACAACUGAGGAAGUGCCAGGGAGGGCCAUCACCAGCCACCCACUAAAUAACUUAAAACAUGUCAGUGCCGAGGGUUUAGCACGAACGGAUCAUCAUACAGUAUCUAGAUAGUGUAGUUUGUAAUCAGUAAACACACUUGCAAUGUGUAUAAAGGAACUUCAGUGUUAGGGGUAAACAGUGGGUUAGAGUGUUCUCUCUGUAUCAUCAGGACCUCCAGCUUAGCACCACGUGCUUGUGUUGUGUAGUUGCAAGACAAAAAUAUCCAUUCAUGGGACUAGUUUGUUGUCAUGUAUUUUUAGUGCGUAUUCAGUGUAUUCAAUGUCUGCUAAUACUUAGUCAGUGGAUUAUUUGUUUGACCCAAAGGUUUCUGCACGGGCUCUUAGGUGGUGUUUUGAGUGUGGUGAUCAUGAGGAGGACUUAAAAAUUAUAUUUUGGGGUAAAUCAAAAUCUAGAAACAAAAUUAAGGGUACAAACUUUGCAAACUAAAAAAUCUUGUAAGUGCAAAGGAUUUUGUGUAAAUUAUUUUAAUGAAGUUCAUCAUUUUGAAGUGUCAUUGAUAUUUUAUACACUGAGUUGGCUUUCCCUGUAAUAAUGAUAAAUCUAAGUGAAAAACAUCUUUAUGUUGAUGAUGUGAUUAAAGGAGAUAAAACAGUGGGUCUCAAGAGUCCAUAAUAAAAACUUAUAAUCAGUGUCCCAUCAAGGGGCCAUUUCCUUCACUAGGGAAAUACCCCCUGGAGGGCCAAGCUCCUGUGGGAGAAGAAAAAGUUGGCACAUUUGACUAUUAAGAGUAGUUCUCUCCCCUAAAGCUUCUCUCAGUUGCCGGAGGUUCCCACUUGUUCCUCACCCUUCCUAAAUGAACUUUGCAUUUUUCCAGCCAAACUGAUUUUCUCGCAGAGCAUUGUGAACUGUGUUGUAAAAUGUCCCAUUGAUGGCAUGUUAAAAUUUUAAAAGAAGUAAAUCCUAUCGUUUUGCUA